AUGCGGGAUAGUUCAUAUCAAGACAAUUUCGACCAAUCACAAUCCAGGUCUAGAGACAGUGCCAACAGAAAUUCUUAUUUAAGUGAAAAUCAAAUGGAAAAUUUAGAAACAUCCCAGCAUUCUAAUUAUUCUAAGCAAUCAGUGAGAGACAGUCGCUAUGGUAACUCGCGUCAAAAUAUACCAGAUAGUUUCUAUAGUAAUAAUUCAGACAAUCGUCAUGGUAAUCCUAAUAUGUCACGAAAUUCCUCGUAUAAUACAGACAAAUAUAACACAGUUCAGAAUAACUCUAAUCCUGAGAGGAGUAGAUCACGAACUGGGAAUCCAGAUCAAAGUAAUCGGCUAUCUAAGGGAGAUAAUUUUCAAUCCCCAGAUUAUGCUGUACCUGAUAGGUAA